AUCAUUUAUUUCGUCCAGUGGAAGCAUCCAUUGAGGUGUCGAGUGCGUUUGUCGAAAAAAGUGAUCCGAAGACCGUGAAAAUGAAGGUCCUGAACAAUCUACUCCUGAAGCGGACAUCAACCUACGUCGUGGGAAUCGCUGCCAGCGUUUUCUUCUUCGAACGAGCUUUCGAUAUGGGCACCGAUGCCUUCUUCAGAUCGUACAACAAAGGCAAAUUGUGGGACGAUAUCAAGGAUAAAUACGAACAGUAGAGAGGAGUCCGUUUGGAGUGCUUGCUUUAAUUAUGGCUAAUAAAAUCUAGGAAACCAAAAAAAAAAAAAAAAAAAAAAAAAAUAAA